AAUAGAAAUUAACGAAAUGAUUUUCAUAUCAAUUUAUGGGGUUCUACUUUUUUGCCUUACUUAUUAUACACUUGGUGUUAAAGUUCCUGAUGGAGUGUGCAUCAAGAAGUUGGUCAACGGGAAAUUAGUAUCGGUGGGAGAUUGCCAAAAAGACGACGGUUCUGAAAUUGCUGCACUCAUAAAAAAGAAUCUUGCUGAAAAAGUUUUUCCAUCAGAUUGCACAAAAGUCAUUCGUUCCAAAGCAAAGGUGUUGAAUGAAACUGGUGGCGUUUUUGAUAUUUAUCCAGAAUCUGAAGAUAAACCAGUUGAGGUUUAUUGCGAUCUUAAAACUGACGGAGGCGGUUGGAUUGUUUUUCAACGUAGACGCGAUGGUUCAGAAAACUUUCGUAGAAACUGGACAGAUUAUGCAAAGGGAUUCGGGAAAUUGAACAACGAAUUUUGGUUGGGUUUGGAGACAAUACACCAACUGACGAAGAAUGCAAACUACGAACUCAGAAUAGAUUUGGGAGAUUUUGAAGGAAAUACCACGUAUGCUAAAUAUGGGAUAUUCAAUAUUUCCUCCGGGCGAGACAAAUAUCGAUUGAAAGUUGGAGAUCAUUCUGGACCAAUCCAAGAUGAAAUGUUAUAUCACAACGAAAUGCACUUCACCACAGAAGAUUUUGAUAACGAUGGAUCCGCGGGAAAUUGUGCACUUGAUCGCGAAGGGGCAUGGUGGUUUGAUAAUAGCUGUGGUUAUCUGAAUUUGAACGGUAUCUACUAUAAAGACGGGAGAAUCGAUAAUACUGGGAUAUAUUGGUGGUUGUGGAAGGGAGAUUUUCAUUCUCUAAAAUUCACUGAAAUGAAAUUAAGAAAAAAAAUUUAACUUCGCAAAAUGAAGCAUUUGUUGUAUUUUUCAAACCAGCUAAACAAAGGGGAAAUUGACAUUUAAAAGUAUGUUACAGUUCUUGCAUUGGAAGUUACGCGACGAUAGCGUAAAUUUAGCAUUUUUUAAAAUUCUAUAACUAUCAAUAUUAUUAUUUCGUUGCAGCCAUUCUUGUUUUGCCGUGUUCCAUUUUAUUAUUAUAUUUGUAUAUUAAAUUUACAUGGCGUCUGUUGCUCAUCGCUGUUUUCAAAAACAAUAAUCGAUAACUUAAGUUUCAAUAAAAUCUGUAUUAAAAAUUUUAACGCAUGCUGGAAUAUUUGAAAUUUAAUCAAGUAGAAUUCAACCUGUCAGCAACGAUUAUUCACUCAAAAAAAAAUGUUUUUGACUGCGUGUGGGUUCAUUAUUGUAACAUGAUCGCAUUCCAAAAGGCAACAUGCAUGGAGAUCAUAAAUUCCCAUGAGCAAUAUUUCCGGCUUAUUCUUAUUGGUUGUACAUUUUUUAUCUAAAUACAUAGGUGGCUAUUAUGCAUUUCAGCUAUUCAUUGUUUAAUUGGGGAAUAUUGGAAAUUGACACAUAUUAGUCCGUCCACCGCAAAAGCUUUCUUCUAAACAUGUAAUAUGUAAUAAAGUCAACGCUCAUUACAAAAAUAACAAAUAUUCCAGCGUAUUAUGACUAAUUUGAAUUUUUUUUUAUUAAAGCCGAAUAUAUUAGGAAAUUUUAUGCACUUAAAAUUCGAAUAGUUUACCACAAAUAAAGCCGUUAAAAAAUCUCUUGCUUUCUUUAACGUAUAAUAAAUUUGCUAUAUAUGAAAGUUUUGGUAGUUCGUAAUAAAUUUGAAAAAGUUUUUUUCAAUAUUCAAAUUACAACUGUAUUUUUGAGUACAAAUUAUUAUGUGAUGAUACCUAUGAUGUUAUUAU